AUUUUGCAUAUCCCGCUAUCUAGACGCUAAAUUGUGUGUACACAUCAUAUGUGCACGCUGGAGAAAGAGAGGAAACUGUGGGAGUGAAUUGGAGUUUAGAGAAAGCAUCCACUCCUCCACUCGUAUGUUAAAUAUAUCCACAAUCCUGUUUCUGUUCAUUUGUGCAUAAAGCCUUAAAAUCAAACACAAGAAACAAAAAUGAAGCUUGCUUCCUUGAUUUCUGGUUGCACUGAUUACGCUCUCUUCCUCUCCAAUAAGGAUAACGUGAAAAGGGUAGAGAAUCCCAUUCCUAGAAAAGAGAAAGAAGUGAAGUUUUACAAGAACUUGGCUCCUCCUCUUGUGGCCACGUUUCUAGUCUUAUCUCCAAUUUGCAGCACACCAGUUUCAAGUGCUCAAACCAUUGAUAUUCAGAAAGGAGCCACAUUGUUUCGUCAAGCUUGUAUUGGAUGUCACGAUGCAGGAGGAAACAUAAUACAACCAGGGUCAACUUUAUUUACAAAGGAUUUACAGAGAAAUGGAGUUGAUACAGAAGAAGCGAUCUACCGUGUCACAUACUAUGGAAAAGGAAGAAUGCCAGGCUUUGGUAAAGAGUGCAUGCCACGGGGUCAGUGCACAUUCGGAGCUCGUUUGGAAGAUGAAGAGAUCAAGAUAUUGGCAGAGUUUGUCAAGUUACAGGCUGAUCAAGGGUGGCCAAGUAUAGAAAGUGAAGAAAAAUGAUUUAGCUAUUAGCUUCUGUUCCAUCUUUUCACAAUAAAUAGGUACAUAAUGAUUGGUUUACAGGUUAUUUUGAUCUUACGCAUGUAAGCAGACAUAUAUGGGUCGAAAUUUUGGGUUUAUUUCAAUAAAUUUUGAUAAGUUUUGAGUUUUGAAUUAUUAUUUCAAAUUACCAACAAUUAAGGCAAACAAAAGCCCUACCAACUAUAGGCAUAUUUGUUUGUACCAUGGUACCCUGAUCCUCUAGUACAAGCAUAUUAAUUGUAGAUAUA